AUGUCAAACGCAUUGGUCAGAACAUCGGUUCGUCCACCCACAGUGAAUCAACGCCCAAAAAAAUUCGACUACACCGACCAGGUCACCGUCAAUGUCGGGACUGCAGAGAACCGUUUCAUGGUGCACAAAGACGUCCUCAUGCAUCGCUGUUCCUUCUUCCAAAAUGCCUGCGCCCACGCUCUCCAACAAUCCAACGAGCAGACAAUUUGGCUGCCAGAGGUUGACCGAGAAACCUUCCAAUGCUAUCUACAGUGGGCUUACAGCGGCAAAGUCGUCGUCGCAACGAUCCUGGCCGAUGACAAUAACAUGUCACCCCGACUCAGUUCUUUGGUGCGACUUUACGCAAUGGCAAUCCACGUCGACAACCUUGAUCUGAAAAAUGCUACUGUCAACACCUUUCUGGAAACUUUGGAGCAGUCCAACAAAAGCCCAACUCUCGAAAGCAUCAAGCUGCUCUGGUCCUCGACGCCGAACGGCUGCAAGCUACGCCAAGCGGUGGUAGACUGGUUCGCCUUCAAUUCGACCGGCCAAUGGUUGGAGCGCUGGAGGCAGGAUAUCCCAGACGCAUUCUACGCGGAGUUGGGAAUCACCAUGGCGAAGGCGAAUUGGGACAAGAGUCGGGUUCGCAAUCCACUGCUGUGGUCGAACUGGAGUCACUACUAUGAGCUCGAUGACGAGCUCGCUUCUGCUGAAAUCGACGACCUCAGCGAGCGAGUCUCGGCUAUCAUGCAAUAA